AGUACCACCAGGGACCUCGUUAUACGCAAACUGUGGUUUUUAAAGACAUGGAUAAACAAUCUUGCAUUAAAAUUGAAGAGAUGAAAAUAAAACUGGAAGAAGAUGGCCAAGACACAGGGGAGAAAUAUAAAAAUGGUGAUACCCCAUCUUACAUUGAAACCGUGGGGACUGAAAUAAAAGUGGAAAAUGGUCAGUAUGGGCGUGAGAACUAUGAAAAUGUUGGUAUGCAGUUUUAUAUUAAAUCUGAAGAUAUCGAAAUAAAACUGGAAGGAGAUGGUUCGGAUGCACUGGAGAUAAAUAAAUAUGUUGAUAAGCAGUGCCACAUUAAGAUUGAAGACAUUGAAAAAGAGCCGGAGAACAGUCAAAAUGUUCAGGAAAAAUGUAAAAGUUUUGAAAAUCAGCCGUAUAUUAAAUCUGAAGAGAUUGAAAUAAAAGAUGAUCAGGAAAGUUAUUCCGCUUCAUACGACUUUAAUGACGAAACAGUUGAAAACAAAAGAAGCCGUAUUUCAGGUAAUACAGGAGAAAUAAAACAUGAACACAUGGUUAAAUGUAUGACCGGAUUUAAUGAAAAUGUUACGACAUCGAUGUCUGUUCACAACAUUGAAAUACACGAAAGUGAAGAGUUUAGAUUUCAAGAUGAGCAAUUCUACCAAUGUGAUAAUUGUAAAUAUGAAACUAAGCUUAAGACGAGUCUGGAAAGCUAUCGACUCUCACAGGAUAACCCUUCAGUAGUGCAAACGUGCAAGUGCGAUGCCUGUGGUUUUGAAACCAAUUACAUAAAAAAUUUGAUUAGAUAUCCAGCAAUAUGUGAAGAUCUCUCAGAAGUGGAAAUGUACAAGUGUGAUUCAUGUACUUAUGAAACUAAAUUUAAAGGUGAUCUAAAUAAGCAUCAGUUAAUACACAAAGACCCCUUGGAAAUCCAAAUGUACAAAUGUGAUGUUUGUCCUUUCGAAACUAAGUACAAGAGUCGUCUAAAACUCCAUCAAAUAAUGCAUAAAGACCCUUCAGAAAUUCAAAUGUGGAAGUGUGAAGUGUGUAGUUUUGAAGCUAAAUAUAAGAAUCACUUGAAAAGGCAUCAGUUAAAGCACAAAGACCCUUCGGAAAUCCAAAUGUACAAGUGUGAUACAUGUAGUUAUGAAACUAAACUUAAGAGUAGUCUUAAAAUGCAUCAAAUAAAGCAUAAGGACCCUUCAGAAAUUAAAAUGUACAAGUGUGAGGAGUGUAGUUAUUCAACUGAUUUUAAAAGCAGUUUAAAUACACAUAUGUUAAAACACAAAGAUUCGUCAGAAGUGCAGAUGUACAAGUGUGAUACAUGUGCUUAUGCAACUAAAUAUAAGUGUCAUCUAAAUAAGCAUAAGUUGUCACACAAAGACCCUUCAGAAGUCCAAAUGUACAAGUGUGAUAAGUGUACUUAUGAAACUAAAUAUAAGGGCGAUCUAAAAGUGCAUCAGUUACAACAUAAAGACCCUUCAGAAGUCAAGAUGUUUAAGUGCGAAUCGUGUAAUUAUGAAAGCAAAAAUAGGAGUCGUUUGAAAAGGCAUCAGUUAUCUCACAAAGACCCAUCAGAAAUCGAAAUGUACAAGUGCGAUACUUGCAGUUUCAAAACUAAAUAUAAGGAUCAUCUGAGGGUGCAUCUGUUAAAACACAAAGAUCUUUCGGAAAUCCAAAUGUACAAGUGCGAUACUUGUCCUUACGAAAGUAAAUAUAAGAGUGACCUAGAAGAACAUCAAUUAAGACACAAAUACGCUCGAGAAAUUGAAACAUUCAAGAGAGUAAAAUCACGCUAAAAUAUUCUAGAUGAGAUUUCUGAAUCUUUGACUGUAUCCAAAAUUUGAGGCUCCAUACGUCUCACUCUUUUCUCUUGCGAACGACCUCUAGCAUGGAUUGGGGAUAUACACAGAAAAUAAAUAUUUUUUUAGAAUACAGUAAUUUAUUGAAAUUGUUAAUUAAAUGCAGUUAAAGGUACUGAAAAGAAAAAAGUGAAAAAAUAAGUACACAAAUUCGUCAAUGUUAAUACAUGCUUACCACAUAAAAUGCCAUCAAAUCACGUGUCCCAUUUUAAUCGAUACAAGGGAAUAUCUCGUCAGUGAAGCCUUCGAUCCUAAGCGAAAGUUGUUCAGUUCAUUGACCUUGAAGGUCAAUUGAAGGUCAGUUUCAUAAUUUUAAAUGGGACCCUCUAUUUUUUACCCUGGAAAUGGAUUCGUAAGUAAACUUUAUAUCCGGAUGUGAUCUCAAUUUUAUCUUUGCGAUCAAAGUCCAGGUCAGCAAUCCUGGAAUAGUAAGGAAAUUAUCUCGUAAUUCAAUGAUCCACAAAUAGUGAUAUUUUAAAUUUUUUUUCAUAUUUUAACGGUCACUUAUUCUGUAACUUACUCAAAUGUCUUUCAAUUCUCAAUCAGAAUUAUGCCUGCGUUGAGUAACGAGACAUUUUUUCGUCCUCCCUGUACUUAUUCAUAACUAGUAGACUUACAAAUGACCUUGAACGUAGAGUGAAAGUCACGAUUGAGUAACUUGAUAAAAAUCCCAUGGACUUUGGGGGCAAACAUUUUAUUCCGAUGUUGCUUCAGGGGUAACAAGUCAUUUGAAUUCGCUUUGACUUUGAACUUGACCGCAAGAUCAAAGUUGAGAUCACAUCCAGAUGUAAAAUUUUCUGCCGAAUCUAUUCCUAGGAUAAAAAAUAGAAGGUCUCAUUUAAAAUUAUAAAGUUGACAUUCAAGGUCAUUGUUAAGGUAAAAUUGCAACAACUGGCGUAGUAUAAUACAAAUCAGCAAGAACUUACACUUUUUUUUACAAUUUUUUUUUAUAAGUGGGUUUAAGGAACUAAGGAACUGCAACUUUGAACGAGUCAGGCAUGUUAGAAAGAAGUUCUGUGGGAAUACAGCACAGGUUUGUUGUAGACAUUUUUAAGCAUAAUCUGUACCUAAACGCAAAGUAAAAAAUCUAAAAAGUUGUAUUGCACUGAACAUUUACUACAUUUACUUGUUUCAUUAGCAUUUUGAUAAAGAGUAAUUAGUCUGACUUCUAAUAUUCUAACUCGGAAAAAUAAUUAACUUUUUACUAAAAUGUGAAGUAUUAAACAUAAUUACUUUUUAAAUGUGACAUCGAUUUUAAUGUUUAUGAUACAGAAAAACAGUGUUUUACUAUUUCAAGACACAUCUAAUAGACU